UAAUUUGUAUUAUGCCACGACUGCACAUUUACGUUGGAGACGCUGACGUGAUAUUUUUAAGUGUUAUCGGAUACCCAUCCGAUAACACUUUUAGGCUCCGCCCAUUAAUGACAUUGUUUAACUCCGCCCGAAUUUGAGUUCAUCAUUCUAAUUUCUAGCGUUCCAUGUUUAUAAUACUAAGUCCCGCCCACUCGGAGAACUACUUUUUGUAGGCGUGAAAUGUCGCUCAUUUCAUUAAAAUGUAAACAAACCAAUCCAUUCAUAUUUUAUUCACAACAUUAAUAAACAUGUAGUAUUUAUUGAAAAAACUCACAUUAUGUUAUGAAAGUAAAAUAAAAACGAAAAAUAUGAAUGAAAAAAGCAGUAAUAAAUAAAAAAGAACACAAAUACUAAUUGGGCCGCUACCAUCAUUUUGUGCAGACGACCGCAACAGAUUUUAACUAAAAAACUAACAAUAAUCAUGUAAAGGUUUAACUAAAUUUAACAAAAAAAAGACUGAACAGGUGUUUGAUUUAAAUCAAUAAACAUGUCUGAUUUUCCAAAUUUCAACAUUGAUUUUGAAUGGUUAAAUGAAUAUGAAAAUAAACAGGUAAUUUUGAAUGUGACCGAAGUCGACCACAACAUAAUGUCAGAAUUCAAUAUCGACCCUUCAUUUUUUGAUGAUGACAUGGAAGAACCAUCCUGUAACGAAAUCAUUCAAAAACCACCAACAGAAGAGAAAAUUCUAGUCUCAAAUGAGAUAAAAGAAAAUGAUCAUAAAUCAAAAGAAAUAAAAGGCUUUGUGCCAAUAAGCCUAGGAGACAUUGACAAAUACGAUGCUCAGCAAAAAAACAAAAACACAGUCAGAAAGCAUGACUCAAAUUUGAAGAAGUUGAAAACAUUUUUAAAACAGCAACAAUUACCUACUGUUAUAACACAAAUUGAAAUGAAAGAACUUGAUAACAUCUUAUGCAUGUUCAUUUUGUCUAUAAGAAAAGAAAAUGGUGACGAGUACGAAACAACCUCACUGAGAUCUUUUGUAUCAAGUAUAGACAAGGAACUUCAACUUAAUAAUUAUCAAUUCACCAUCGCUAAGGGACAGCGCCAAGGAUUCCCACGGUUCAGGGAAACACUUUCGUCUAAAAUGAAAAAAGUUAAGAAAGAAGGUAAAGGAAACAAGGCGAAUGCGGCCCAACCAAUAGAGCAGCAUGAAAUUCAAAAGCUCUACGAUGAAGGGCAACUUGGUAAUGGAAGUCCACAGGCCAUAAUAAACUCUCUAUGGUUCCGAUUCACAACAAACUUCGGCAUGCGGAGUGUGGAAGAACAUUACAAUUUACGAUGGGGUGAUGUGAAGCUGUGCCGAGACGUAGAGGGAGAUGAGUAUCUGGAGUUGGUCGAGAGGCAGACAAAGACUCGAACGGGUGCAACUGACGAAGCAAGAACUGUGCCGCCAAGAAUUUGGGCCAAUGAUGAAGACCCAUCCAAAUGUGUUGUCGCAACUUACAGGUUCGUUGUUUCUAUAAUGAAAAUUGAAAUAGACAGAUAUUAUAUUCUAGAGAAAAAAAAAUGUCCAAAUAAGUUAAUCCACAUGAUUUUUAUAUACAGAAUUGAAAAAACCCUCUUAUACGAUGCAGAUAAAUAA